UAUACGUAUUACCAUGAUUGUGCAUUACAGUAGUCGUUGAUUUUGAUUGACGAUCGACAACGACAUCCGUGCCAGCUGCAACUUUCGAACUGGAACGUCGGCCAGUUUACCAUCACACAGACUCAUAUUCAACCAUUUGCAGAAGGCGGCGGCAUUGGGCUGUUUUCGUUGUUUGUUGGUUUCAUUCACGCUAGUAUUCUGUCUUGUUGUUGGAUUUGGUCAUGCCGUCCGUGUUGUUGGGAAUUUUUAAAACAUUGUUCGAGUGGAAAUAUGCAAUAUGAGUUUUGUGGGAUAUACCUGUUUGCUUUGGGUUGUGUUCUUCUCUUACUCAGCAACUCAAGAAGCCGGUCAUAACAUCGAAAGGCAGUUGAGAAUCAAAGUAUUUGCUGGUGAAGUGAGUCAUAUUUUGGUCAAUAAAUUACUGGGUGAAUUUACAGGAAUUUCUUACUUAGAAGAGAAAUACAGCAAUCUGAAUUUGGCAAGUGUUGACCUGGAUUCAAAACAGCUUGUUAGUGAAAAAGUUGAAAUAUUGCAGAAGAUUUUCAAGGACAGAGAAGACUUAAUUAAAAGAAUAGCACAAGAAGCUGAAACACUGAGAUCUGGGGCAAAUACAAGUUCUCUUACUGCUGGAAAUGUCACUUUUUAUUCGACACCAAGCUCAGAAUCGAAUGAAACAGAUGCUGAAAUCCCAACAGAAUCGGAAAUGGGUCCUAAUAUAAUUUAUAGGAAUGCGAAAUGUGAUUGUGGGCAUCAAAUUCCAUCAGAUGUGGAAGAGGACAGCGUGGAAUGUGUGCAAUCACCAAGCGGAUAUAAACUCAAUAAACAAUUCGGCAAGAUGCCCGUUGCGUUUGAUAUGAGUUCUGUUCAUAUACCAACAGAAAUUUUCAACGAAGAUCCUGAUGUUUUGUCUGAUAUCUACAUGAGCGAUGGAAUCGAUUCAAUAAUGCAAAGAGAAGUUUGUGUGAAUAACUUCUAUUCUCACUUAACAAGAUGGGUUUAUUAUGCCACACAUACAGGAGUAAUGAGGUUUUUUCCUGAUCGUGUAUGGUCUGAUGAUUGCGAAACACCAGAUAUUUUUGAUAGCAGGAUAUCACCUUGGUUUUUGCAGAGUGUGUCAUCGCCAAAAGAUGUCAUAAUUUUGAUAGACAACAGUGGAAGUGUAGAAGGAUUGACAUUGAAUUUAUUUAAAAGAUUAGUUCGUGAUUUUCUUGACACUUUGACAACCAACGAUUUUGUUAACGUGGUAUUAUACAAUGAAGAAUACAAAUUCAUCAAUGAGAAAUGUACUGGGUUACUUCAAGCUACUCCGAGGAAUAAACAGCUGCUACAAAAUUGGGUCGAAACAAUCUCAAUUCAUAACAAAUCGAAUAUUGAACGAGGAUUCAAUGUUGCUCUUAAAACAUUAGAACUCACUACACAUGUAGAUGUUUAUUCAGCUAAAUGCAAUCCUAUGGUUAUGUUUUUUACUGAUGGUGAUGCUAUCUAUCCAAGUGAGGCGAUGCGGGCAUGGAAUUCAAACGAAAAUAAACGAAUAUUCUCUUUUACUGUCGGGAAACAUUUUUACGGAACCGAGACGACAAAAGAAAUAGCUUGCAAAAAUAGAGGAAAUUAUUACAUUGUUCCAUCUUAUACAGCCACUAAAUCAAAUGUACAAAAUUAUUUGGUGAAAAUCAGUGAGGUUGUUUCUGCUGAAGAAAAAAAAGUCAGAUGGAGUCUUCCAUAUGGAGAUAAACUUGGCCUUGGUUUUAUAUUAUCUGGAUCAACACCAGUGCAUGAUGAGAACAAAUUAGUUGGAGUCGUUGGAAUGGAUGUUGUAUUGAAAGAUCUUAAAGAUGCUAUCACAGAUCCGAAUAUGGGAAAUGACUAUUACCCUUUUGCGAUUGACAACAAUGGAUUUGCCAUCAUGCAUCCAAAUUUAAUAGAGGAAAAUCAUGAUGAUGUAAUGUCCGUUGAUUUUGCUGAUUUGGAACAUCCUAAUAUCGCUAAAAUUAGACAAGACAUUAUUAAUGAUCUGAGUAGCACCGGUACUUCAUCAUUGAUAAAACCUUUCGUUUUGGGUAGAAAAUAUCUGAUAACUUCAUCUUAUAGAUAUGAAUAUGCUUCAAUAUCUGGAACUGUAUUCAAGUUCGGUCUCGGUAUUCAUUCAUCAAAGUUGAAAUACCUUGAUACCACGGAUGCUAUUUCGACUUCUUAUCCAGAUUUAACUUUGGAAAAAUUAAUGGCUGAUCAAUCAUCCGAUACAACAACUCUCCUAUAUUCAACACCUUGUGCCAAAAAAGAAGCUGUCAGUUUCAAUCCAUGUGAACUGAAAGAGAACAGUACCGAUGCCACUGAUGCCGAUCUAAAUUUUAAUGAAGGUGUUCCCAUUGAAAGUCUGUCCAAAAUAUCCUGCAAUAUGUCUUCCCAGAUUUAUUCCGGCCUUCUGCUGCAUUCAUAUGUUAGUGAUGAUAUGGCAUCUAAUUCUUGGGAUUCCAAUUCUUCAAUCAAAUAUGGAGAUGGUGUCCUUGCUCUAUACACUGCUCUAGAAACUCCGUCUUUCAUAAGAACAAAGUAUUUGAAUUUUACUGAUCAGACUGAUGGUGAUAUUGAAAGUUUGAGUGAUGACCGAAUUAAAAAGGAAAUACAGGCUGUUUUAUCUAAUCCUCGUGACAGCAUGUAUCUUCGACAUGCAAUCCAUAAACCACAAUGGACAAUAUAUACUUUCGUCGAUGCCCCUGCUAUAGAAUCACCUGAAACUAUUGAACCCACAACACCUAACAAUACGGAAACUACAACAACCACACAAUAUCAAACCACAACAUCUCCAUAUGAAUCUACUACCACUAGCGACUCUACAACCACUACUCCACCUACCGCUAGUACACCUAAAAGAGGGUAUAUCGUGGCAAGCAAAGUUGUCAGGGUUUCUGGUGAUGAACCAACUAUCUCUCCUGUGGUAACUGGAGUCGUUUUACAUCCAGAUACAUUUCAAAAAAAUAUGUUUAGUCUCGCCUACAGGUGUAACAAUACUGUCAAUUGUAGUACAGAAGGAAUGGAUAUGCUUUGCAAUGACACUGAGAAUACUGAAUGUUUGAUUCUGGAUGAUGGUGGAUUCCUGAUUGCUUCAAAUCAAGAAAAAUAUUAUGAUGAUGUGAGCAAAUUUUUUGGUCUCGUUGAUGGUGAAUUUAUGAGGAGUCUCGUGAAUAAGAAAAUAUACGAUGUAUAUCAUAUGUAUGAUUAUCAAGCUGUUUGCGAAAGACCAAUAAAUGAUAAUUCUGCUGGAAUUCCGAGAUGCUUUGUACCUACAAUUACUGAUCUACUAUCGUUCGGUUGGUGGUUGUCAUCUUGUGCGAGGAUGUUCUUUUAUACAUUAGCACAAUCUGCUGUAUUCGGAAUUCAUUCAUUGUUUGAGUUUGGAUAUUCUCAUUCUUCAGCACCUACGGGUUCAAUUAUACCAACAAAGCGAGAACAUUGUGUUGAGAAAACUCCGAUUUUACAUUUUGGACCGAACAGUCCUAUGUUAUUUGGACAGUUUGACUGUACAUAUUUUUGUGAAAGGUCAUUUACUUCAAUUUAUAUUGAAAAUACAAAUUUACUUUUUAUCGUGAGAGAUACUGAAGCAAUAUGCCAAGAAGAUUGUUCAAUAGUAAAACCUUAUUAUAAUACUCCUGUUGAUGUUACAAUCGAUGAAACAUGUGCUAAUGACACAAUCAGGUAUCGGAAACCUCCAGAUGACAAAUGUUACGACGUAAGAUCAUAUGGAUCUAAGGACAAAGAUAGUCCAUGCAGUUCAGCUUCUAUUGAACUUCCAUAUUUUUAUGUUAUUUUAUCUUUUGCGUUAUUACAUCCUGUUUUAUCACAUUUUUUCACAUAAUAGUUGAAGUCUGUACUUGCGAAGUUAAGGUCUGCACUUGCGAAGUUUUAUUGCAAAAUAAGUGCCUAGUGGGACAUUGUAAAUUCAUUCUAAUUUUUCACAAACCACCAAAGAUAGAUAUGGUAGUUGGUGCGGUGUUUGACUUAUUUUGUUAACAUAUUGAAGUACGGUACUCUAUAGCGCCAAGUGUUGUAUGCUAUUUCUUAUAAUGAGUGUAUGUUCUAAUCACAAAAAUUCAAUUAUUUGAGUGAUCCAUAUGUUAAAAUUUUUGAUUAAAUAAAUGGUUUUUGCAUUUAAAAUCUUUUCAGAUUUGAUAGAUUUUAUUCUAACAAUCAAUGUUAAAUUGCAUGUAUGGAUACUCUCUAUACAACAGGUUCUAUUUUUUUUUCCAAAUUUCUCGUAUAUACGUAACCAUGUCUACUAGCAUUGCCAUGCUAAAUAGUACAAAAUAUUUCUUCGGACCAUUUUUGUUUUUCAAAAUGUCAUAUAUGACUGAAUUUAAAAUGAAUAAAUUUGUUUAAUACUCAUACUUUCAAUAUACUAGUACCAACCUUUUUAGACUUAUGAUAAGAAAUACGUCACUACAGCCCAGCUACCAUUUUGAUCACAGUGAAAUUAUGGUAAUGUACACCACUUUUUAUCUGCUGUGUAUUUUUGUUUUAUAGCUUAUACAUACACUAUUGCUAUUUGUGAUUAGCUUAGUUUUAUAAAUUCAUUUUCCUAUUGUUUUAUUAACGGUUCAGAAUAGCCUGAAUAUGUGAUGAUUUACCUAUCCUUAUACAUAUACUUGCCCUACAAUGUAAGUUUGCCUACAUGCUACUCAUUGCAUAUUUAUUUCCAUAUUUAACUCCCUAAGGGUACCUUUUAUAUUAUAAUAAUCAUUGCCUCCAAAUCAGUCAUAUUGCAAACGGUGAUAUACUUUUGCCAUUCAAAAUCUGGAUUUCUCUUGUUUCUGUCUCUAUGUGGUACAAAAAUAUAUUCAUACCGAACUACCAAAAGCAUGCUGUGAAUGGUACACAUUUUUAUUCUUAGUGUUGCAACAAAAUAUUUCGAGGGUAUUUUGUUUUUUGAUAUUUUAUUUUUUAAAUCAUAUAGCUUUAGUUUCAUUAUUACAUAAACCCAUUGAGUGCCUUUAUAUUUACUUCUUUAGUUUGGAAUAUUCAUGUAAUAUUUGUUUUUAUCAUUCAUACUGCAGUUGGGAUUAGGUUAUCUGUGCCUUCGUCAACGCUAUUAUCUUAUCGCUAGUAGUGUUAUUUCUUUAGUAUUUUCCAUUGCAUGUUUUUUUUGCAUUUGUUACUUUUAUUUUUUUAAAUUUAGAAAUGCACUAUAGUUAUAUGGUAUUUUGCAAUUUUGAGCAUUUAAGAAGGCUGUUUUAGCUGCAAUAUAGUUAGCUGACUAUUAUAUUUCAAACUUUAAAUUAUCACUAGAGGAUUGCAAUUCGUGUUUUGUUUGAACUAAUGUCUAUUGAUGACACUAAGUGUUGAUUUGUAUUGGAGUGUUGGAAAAUAAUGGCACCAAUUAUUAUGAUCUUACAUAUUACAAAGUUACUUUUCCAGAUACAGGCUAUAUAUAAACUAUGCGAUUGGAAUGUUUUUUUGUAAUGGACUAUAAGUCUUCUAUUCAGACGGCAGAUUUGAUUUUAAGUUGACUAGCUAAUUGAAUGAAGUCUAAGGCGUUAUCAAUAUCCCUCCAUUCUAGUUGCACUAUUUUAUUAAUUUUGAAGUAAUCAUGGGACGUCCAGCAAUGUAAAAUAAAAUUAUGUUAUUCUGCUCUUUUACUUAGUGUUCUUUUUAUGUUAACUGAGAAAAAAUUCUUUUGAAAUAGUGUUUCUAAGAAUGGACUUCCACAAGGCUCAGUUAUCGGGCUUUAUUUUAUCAGUUUAGAACAAAUCAUUCUAUCGUCUUCCUUUGUGAUCUGUUCUGCCACCAUCAGGUACUUGUACUUUUUGUCUUUAAUUUUCCAGGAUGACAGUCAGAAUUGGUGGAUUGCGUCAUGAUUCCAUCCAUACCUAAACUAUACCUGUUUAUUCAUUGAAAAGUACUAUUGCACUUUCAAUUGCAUUUUUACAUCUUUUCGUUAUUGUUGCGCUUGCUUUAUUUUAGUAUUUUUAAGCUCAAUUGCACUAUGUUAUAUAAAUUAUUUGUUAACACAGUUACUUGUCACUAAUACUGUUGAACAUUGUGAAAGUCACAUGCGUUCACUCCAGAUAAUUGUGAGCCGUCUGUGGAAUGCUUCAAAUGCAUAAGCAUUUAGGCUGAUUAUACCGGUAUUUUCAUAUAAGCUUGAAAAUUGCUGCAUGCUUUUUCUUCAUUUAUUCAUAAAUUUCAUUACAUAUUUACGGAAUGUUUUAAGAAUAAAUUGAUAAAAUUGUUGA